UUGAUAGGGACUGGGGAAGAAUGCCAACUACAAUGGGCAUCGCGGUCUUGACAGGCAAAUACACCCAGAGUGUGGCGAAGGCCCUACUCGCCUACAACGACGUUACUAUUCGCGGAUAUUGCCGAGGCCCGCAGAAACUUCCGAAGUCCAUCAUAUCAGAGUCAAUUAUUGACAUGAUCAGAGAUGAAUACGAUGACUGAGACGCCGCACGACGAUUCGUGCGCGGCUCUGACGUGGUUAUAUGUUGCUAUUUCGGUGAUGCAGAGCUCAUGACCGAGGGACAGAAGGUCCUGAUUGGCGCAUACGAAGACGAAGGAGUUCCUACAUACGUGGCCAGUGACAUUGCUGUCGAUUACACUAAGAUCCCGGCUUGAGCCCUAUUUCCGAAAGAAUCGGCUCGUGCUAUCAAGGAAUACUUGCAAACGAAGCGAGUGAACGGUG